AAGUGAGGAUCGUUCUGCUGGGAAACGACUGGUUUGAAAGAAGCUCAGUGGGAAACAUGUUAUUGGAAGAGAACAGGUUUGAGAAGAACAGAGAACCAGAAAGCUGUCUGAAAGUCACAGGAACGAUCAAAAACAAACUAUUUGUUCUAAUAAACACACCAAAUCUGUGCCUUGAAUCUUCUGAAGAAGACUUUAGAAAACAUGUGGAUCAAUGUGAGAAACUCUCUGCUCCUGGGCCUCAUUUGUUCCUGCUGGUUCUACAGCCUGAAAACUUCACAGAGAAAGACAAACUGAACCUGUCUACAUUUCUUGAAGAUUUUAGUGAUCAAGCAUUUGGCCACUCAUGUGCUCUGAUAGUAUCCAAUAAAACAAAGAGUUCUGGUUCCAUGGAAGAAUAUAUGCUAAAUCAACAGCUGAAAGAAUUAAUUAAGAGAUGUAAACAGAUAAUGUUAAUGGGAUAUAAUUAUGAACAAAAACGACUGUUAAUGGUUAUUGAAGAAAUGGUGAAGAACUCUAAAGAAGAACAUGUCACCAGAGGAGUUCUCAAAGAUCCAACAGCAGCUGCGCAAAGUCAGCAUGCAAGAGACGCACAUCAGCUCCGAAUAGUGAUGUUUGGAAAGAGUGAAGACAAGAAAACAACUUUGGGAAACAUCUUAACAGCGAAAAAGGACUUUACCGAUUCACCAUUUAGUACUUCUAGAAUAAUUUCUUCCAAACACUGUGAUGUUGUCAAAGGUUCAUGGAACAGUAAACCAGUAACAGUGGUGAGGACUUCAGACUUAUCCAGUUUAUCUGUGGAAAGUCUGAGAAAAGAGAUCCAGAAAUGUGUGGAGUUCUGCUCUCCUGGACCAAAUGUUCUGCUGCUGUUGGUGAAGCCUUCAGAUUUUACUGAAGAGGACAGAAAAACACUGAAGUUCAUCCUGAGUUUGUUUCUACCAGAUGCCUUCAAACAUUCAAUGGUUAUCCUGACACAUAAUGAGAAGCCUGAGGAUAAAGCAGUAGAAAAACUGAUCAAUGACUGCAAGCAAAGGAAACUCAGAGUCAGUCUUCACAAACAUGAAAUCUCAUCAGAUGACCGGAAGAAAAUGACAGAAGAAAUAGAAAAGCUUGUUUGUGACAAUAGAGGAGAAUAUCUAACGCUGAGUUAUGAAGAUGAUUUCAUGCCUUUGUUGAACAGACCCACACCUUCACUGAACCUGGUUCUGUUUGGUAGAAGAGGAGCAGGGAAGACUUCAGCUGUUGAUGCCAUCUUAGGAAAAGAAAGAUUUGGACCAAAGGCCAACUCCUCAGAGUGUGUUAGAAACCAGGGAGAGGUUCAUGGACGUUGGGUUUCUGUGGUGGAGCUGCCUGCCUUGUGUGGAAAAGCUCAGCAGGAAGUGAUGGAGGAAUCAUUCAGGUGUAUCUCCCUCUGUGAACCUGAGGGUGUUCACGCCUUCAUCCUGGUCCUACCUGUGGGUCCCCUCACUGAUGAAGACAAGGGAGAGUUACAGACCAUCCAGGACACAUUCAGCUCUAGAGUCAAUGACUUCACCAUGAUCCUGUUCACCACAGAGUCAGAUCCUACACAUCCUAACUUCAUAGAGAAUGAUAGAAACACCCAGGAGCUUCUUCAGAGCUGUGGAGGAAGAUAUGUUGUUCUCAACAUGAAGGAGAGGAAGCAGAUCCCAGAACUCUUGAAAAAAGUGGAGAAGAGUAUUUCUGAGAGGGGGAAUCGUUCCUGCUACACGACUAACACAUUAAUACAUGGUAUAACGGAGAAAAUGUCCAUUCUACAAGCUGAAGUUCAGAAAUUCAGAACAGAGACUGCUCUCACAGAUAUUGAGGAGAAGAAGAGCCCAGAAUGUCUCAGGAUUGUUCUGAUUGGGAAAACUGGUUGUGGGAAGAGCUCAUCAGGAAACACCAUUCUUGGAAGAAAUGAAUUCAGAUCUGUACCACUUCAACAGUCAGUCACAAAGUUCUGUCAGAAAGCCCAAAGUGAGGUGGAUGGUUGUCCUGUUAUUGUUGUUGACACUCCUGGUCUGUUUGAUGACACUUUGUCUCACGAAGAAGUCAUUGACGAGCUGGGGAAAUGUAUGAGUCUUCUGGCUCCAGGUCCACAUGUCUUCCUGCUGGUGUUAGAGAUCAGUAGAUUCACACCAGAGGAGAUGGAGACGUUAAAACUCAUCAAGAAAGUUUUUGGAAAAGAUUCUGAGAAGUUCACCAUCAUCCUUUUUACUGGAGGAGACAAAUUGGAACGUCACAAAAUAACAGUCAGUGAGUACAUUGCAAGUUGCAAUGAUUCUUGUAAGAAGCUGAUCGCUGACUGUGGAGAAAGAUAUCAUGUGUUUAACAAUGUUAAUGAACAGAACCGCUCACAGGUCAGUGAGCUGAUCAGAAGGAUCAACACAAUGGUGAAGCAAAAUGGAGGAGACUACUACACCAAUGAGAUGCUGCAGGAAGCUGAAGCUGCCAUUAGGAAAGAAAUAGAGAGAAUACUAAAGGAAAAGGAAGAGGAGAUGGAAAAAAUAAAAGAGGAGCUUAAAAGAAAACACAAGGAAGAAAAAGAAGAAAUGGAAAAACAAAUUGAGAAACAGAGAGCAGACAUGGAAAAAGAAAGAAAAUUGAAAACUGAACAACUUCAAGAGAUGGAAGAAAACAUUAACAGGGAACGAGAGCAAAGAAAGAGAGAACAGAAAGAAAGAGAAGAAGAAAAGAAGAAAAGAAAAGCGUUUGAAGAACAACAACAACAAGAGUGGGAGAAAAAACAAAAGGCUUUAGAGGAAAAAAUGAAAUCAGAAUCAGCAGAAAAGGAAAAUAUUGACAGGAAAUUAGAACAGAUGAGGAAAGAAAUGGAAGAAGAACGUGAAAAAAAGGAGAAGGAAAGAAAACAGUGGUGGGAAAAAAGAGAGAGAGAGAAUGAAGAGAGACGAGAAGAGGAGCAACGGAAACUGAAAAAGCUUCAAGAAGAAUUUGAGAAAGAAAGAGAAGAAUAUGAAACUAAACUUAAAGAUGAUGAACAGAAAAGAAAAGAAAAAGAACAAAAACUUCAAACAGACCUUAAAGAAAUGGAAACAAGGAUAAAUCUGGAGCAGGAGGAGAAAAAGAAAGAACAAGAGAAGAGAAAAGAAGAGGAAAGGAAAAGAGAAGAGGAGGAGAAAAACCAACAACAUGAGUGGGAGCAAACACAGAAAAAAUUGGAGGAAAAAAUCAAAUCAGAAUCAAAGGAUAAAGAGACUAUCAGCAUGAAACUGGAAGAGAUGAGUAAAGAGAUGAAACAAAAACGAGAAGAAUGGGAGAGGGAAAGAAGAAAAAGAAAACAACAGGAUGAAGAGGAACAGAAAAAACGCAAAGAGCUGGAAGAAAAAUUAGAAAAAGAAAGACAAGAACUUAAGAACAAAAUAGAAUCUGAUAAAAAGCGACAGAAAAAGGAGGAGAAGGAGAGAAAACAGAUAGAGAAACAACUCAGAGAAAUGGAAGAAAAGAUUGAGAUGGAGAGGGAACAGAGAAAGAGAGAACAGGAAAAAAGGGAGAAAGAAGACAAAGAAAGAAAAGAAGAGGAGGAACGACAACGACAGGAGUGGAUGAAAAAACAAAAUGCUUUAGAUAACAGAAUCCGGUCCGAGUCAGAAGAAAAGGAGAAAAUUAACAAGGAAUUGGAGCAGAGCAGAAAAGAGAUGGAAGAAAAACGAGAAGAAUGGGAGAAGGAAAGGAGAGGGUGGUGGGAAAAACGACAAAAAGAGGAUGAAGAGAAGCGUGAAGAACUAAAAAUGCUUCAAGACGAAUUUGACCAAGAAAGAGAAAAAUAUGAGAUAAAAAGAAAAGAAGAUGAGAAGAGACGAGAAGAAGAAGAGAAGCAAAGAAAAGAAUUAGAGCAAAACUAUGAGAAUGAAAUUCAGAACAUGAAGAGUAAAUAUGAGGAAGAGGCCAGAAAAAAAGCUGAAGAGUUCAAUGAGUUUCAAGAGAAAUACAAGAAGGAACUUAUUGAGAAACAUGAGGAAGAAUUAAAAGCUAUGAAGGAUAACCACAGGAAAGAAAUGGAAACAAAAGAGAAAGAGCUGAAAGAUACAGAAGAAGAAAAGAAAAAAUUAGAUGACAUAAGGAGAAAACAAAAAAAAGAACUGGAUGAUUUAAAAGAGAAAUUUGUUGUAAAGCAUUGUGUUACUAGUUAA